GCGUAUUUACUUCUACGACCUGUCAUUACGUCAUAACGUCAAAAAAGAUCAGGGGAACAGCGAGAAGGUUAUGUAUGUUAUUGUGUUUAUAAAAAAACGAAAAACGACGCCUCCCAACAAGAAUGAACGAAAUCAACAUUACUAGCUUGACGUUGAAGUAUUGAUUUCAGAGAGUGGAAAAUACGUGCGUGAUUUUAAAUUUAGGAAUUUUUCUGAUCAUAGGAGAAACAAGAUGACCGUACAGCAAUACUGUCUGAGAUGGAAUAACCACCAGCCCAAUUUUAUAUCAGUGUUUUCUAGUCUCCUCAACAGCCAAUCAUUGGUUGAUGUUACAUUAGCUGCAGAAGGAACUCACCUACAGGCGCACAAAGUGGUUUUGUCUGCCUGCAGUUCGUAUUUUCAGUCUCUCUUUACUGUAAACCCCUGCAAACACCCAAUAGUCAUCUUAAAAGAUGUGAAGUUUGCUGAUCUGAAAGUUAUGGUAGACUUCAUGUACCAUGGAGAGGUCAAUGUCUCUCAAGAACAACUACCAUGUAUUUUAAAAACUGCAGAAAUGCUUAAAAUAAAAGGUCUUACAGAGAUUCCUGUGGAUCAAUCAACAGCUACAAGAUGUCAGAACAAACUUCCUGAAAAGCCAGAAAUACCUUCACAAGAUGAAGGUAUUUGGAGCUUAGAAGAAAAUAACAGGCCUCCAAGCCCUUCUUCACCAAACAGCAAAAGAAAACGUUUGAAAAAGAACGUAAUAUGCUCCCCAAGCGGUGGCACCUCCAGCACAGAUCCAACAACAGACCCAUCACCAGGCGGCUCAAGCGACAUCAUCCUUAGUACCAUGGACAACGUAUUCGGCACUGUUACCAAAGUGGAACCUGACCAAAGGUACUCAACAGACAGCACAAAUACUUCCACUACUUCACAACAACAGUCGCAAAAAUGCAACGGAGUACCUAUUCAUACCAUACAAGCGACGGCAGGUCCGUCCACGCAUGACAUGCAGGAACACCAGGUCGAACAAACCCACCAUAUAUCACUGCAAGUUACAUCACAUGACCUCAACACUUCACAUAGUGUCGAAUGUCCUACCAUGGAGAUACCAAGAACUACGAUAGCUCAACAAACGCCUACAGGCAUCCAAUGGAACGUAUUGGAGCACUCUGGCUACGCGAACUACUCACCCUCAACAACCACAAUUGUCUCUAACACUUCUGGCACCCAGUUCACUACACAUGACACUAACAACACCAUGAAACAACCUCAAACUCCGGAAAAUACCGGGAUGCUUUCCCAGGAAGCCCAACCUCAAAUGCAAGGAGAGCCUUACUACCAUGUUCACAAGAGAAAAAGGAGUAUCAACCCUCAAGGAGACCAGAAUUUCAUGAGGGCUUUGGAAGCUGUGAGAUUCGGUGGAAUAGGGUUUUGUAAAGCUGCGAGAAUGUACGGGGUAAACAACCGUACCCUAUGGUUGGAAUAUAAGAAGAGAGGAUACCCGAACAUUAGGUUGAGUAUCAAGAAUCGCCACAGACUGCAGAUGCAAAAACAAGAAGCUGAGGCUGCAAAUCAGGAACAUAUCGAGCAGACUAUCAAAGUUGAGGAGCCCAAAGCGUUGACAUGUACCAUAAGUCACCCCGUAGCUUUAAUAACAGGGAAUGUUUUCGAUGGGAAUCAUAUGGAGUUCAAACGUUUUUCGACGUAACAGAGAGAAUCCUGGAAAAUCUUAUCAAUUUUUCCAGUUUGAAUCUAGAGCAGAUUUAAAAAGCUUUAACGUAUAAGAUGGUUUUUAUAUUUCUCUACUGGAACAACGGAAUUGUUUUAUGGAAAAAUUUGGAAAAUAUUGUGAAUCUAGGAAUGAUUCGAUUUCUUGUUUAUUUACAUUAGUUAGAUUUUCUCUCUUUUAACAAAUGAUUCUAUCGCCCUGUAGUCAGGUAAAAGACAAUUUGUCAGAUGUUUGCUCCGUAAAAACUUUUAGAAUUUGCUGAGAGAAGAAUAUAAGAUGGAAUGCAAGUCCGAGGGGUCAACAGGUUACCCCCUCCAUACCUGAGAGGUUGGAAAAUACGAGCCCUAGUGAGACUUUGACAGCUGCAGGGAUUGGAAGGGACGCACAAAAUGAGAGGCUGCACCAAAUAAUCACUGACCAAGCAGCUCAAAUCAAGAGAUUGACGGACUGCGUGGACAAUCUAAAUGCCCAAGUGUUUUAGCCUUACUAUUUCAUUAAAUCAAUUCUUGUCCCAUGAUGACAGCUGUAUUAAGAUUCCCAAGAGAAUACACAACAGCCCUACCUCACUUACAGACAGAUGACGAUGUGUAGGGUAGUGAUUUUACCGCUAUCCAGAGAAGUAAAAAAUGAGAGAUUCGUAAAAUGAACGAAUAUCCUUCCCUUCCGACUAAGAACUGCCCAAUCAAUAUGCGGCAAAGUGGCGCAUUGUCAAUUAUUCUUUUAUUAGUCUUGGUAUUAAGAUUUUCGUGCAGUAGCUGUUGAUAUGCAUCGUACCUAAAAGCUAACACGAUUAUCGGAAGAUAAUUAGUUUUUUCAAAGUGGAAAAUGUUCCUCACCAUACAUUUCCUCUGCCCUAUGAGCGUAACAACCUCGCUGUUAUCAGAGGAAUCCCAGCGUCAACUGCUGAGCAAGAAAUCGAAAAGUAUCUCGAACAGAAGGGAUAUACACCCCUCCACGUAAUUCGCUUGCAGCGCAACGGCGGCGUGCCCAUGCCUUUGGUGGUGGUGAUCCUGCCUCAAGCAGAGAAGUCACAGCAAGUGUUCAACGAACAUGAAAUGUUAGGGCUUUCAGAAUUGAGGUUCAGAAGAACUCUCGACUCUUUGGGCAGUGACACCGCUGUUAGAAGUAUGGACACGCGCAAUCGUAUUGCACUGUACCUACAAAUUGUGUCUAAUGUGCUCAACACCAAAUGACACAUCUGUGCCCUCAAGCAGGACAAAAGGCGCGCAAAUGUGCGAACUGUGGAGGGGACCAUCCGGCCAACAGUUCUUCCUGUAGAUUCUCUCCUGGAAGAAAUCUACAGGGCAUCGCACAAAGGCGAGUAAAAUCAUACGCAGAGGCAGGAAAGGUUGACAUUUUAGCUGCCCCUAGCUCACCUUCGACUGCUCAAAAUGUGGACUUGGCAACAGCGCUCUGGUCCUUGCAGCAGAUAAUUAGUUCCCUGAUAAGCGCUACACAGGCCUUGCAGGCGAUCUUUCCGAUAAAUGACUAGGUACAAUAGUUCAUCAAAAUUCUUUUCCGGAAUUGUUUGGGUCUUAGGGAUAUUCCCAAAAAACGGGAAUUUCAUCAAGUACUUUUCGAUGAGAGUAUAGAUGCGGCUCUAUUACAGGAAACAUUGCUUAAUCCGGGAUAUCGUCUAGCUUUUCCGAAUUAUGAUGUUAUCCGAGCUGAUAGAUUAACUGGACGGGGUGGCGGCUUGGCAGACCUAGUGAAACGUGGUAUUGCCUACCAUAGAAGCACAGAUGCCGACAUGCAGAGCAUUAAGGCGGCUUCCGUGGAGGUUAAUGUGACGGGAGGUGUCCUGUUGAAGAUCACAUCGGUG